AGUAAAAUAUAUUUAUCGAAAUAAAACGUGAGUUAACUGAGCUGACAGAUUUCGUGUUUCACUGUCCGAACCAUGAAGGAGUAAAACCUCGGCAGUGGGAGAAAUCUGAUCUGGAUGGAACCGACGCGUCUACGAGACGUUUUCAAAUGUAUAACACUAUCUAUUGCAGCAAUGGAGGAUAUUGGUUUGCAUCCCAAAGCCACCAGUGAUCCCCCUGUUCCCAGAGCCACAGUCACUGAGGCUUUUGGGCUGCACCACAUCCCAGCGGACAGUCUGCACAUCACUGAUGCAAGCAGGAAAUCUGACACGUAUAAAGAUGGUUCAUCCAGAAAAAGGUCCCACUCAGUAAUGAUAGCAGAGCCACAGAUCAUCCCCCAGUUUCCUCUACAGAGUGUAGGCGCUGACACCACGCUCCCGUCUGCUGCCAAAAAUGGAAACACUUGUAUGGAUAAGUCAAAGGCCGGCAGGGAAAAACUCAACGCCAAAUUUGCAGAUCCAUCCAAGUGGAGGCAAAACAAGCAGAAACAGCUGAGGAUGGAGGGUAAAUCAUAUGUAAGCAAACGCAAAAAAGAUGGCGAGGAAGUAAUAAAACAGCCAAGAUCAAUCGGAUCGCGGUGCACCUCGAAUGCAUGCAAAAAGGCAACAAAACGUCUUUGUAAUGAAAUCAAUGAGGAGGCCAGGAAGAAAAUGUUUGAUGAUUUCUGGGAGCACAUGAACUGGGUUCAGAGAAAACUGUAUGUAGUAGAACAAGUGGACCGCGACCCCGUGGAGAGAUCUCGGGCGGUGGGAUUGCAGUCGCGAAGAUCAGUUUCUCUGCGUUAUCACUUGAUGUUGGAUGGAAAGAGGCAACAAGUGUGUAAAAACAUGUUCCUGUCCACUGUGGGGAUAGGAGAGUGGUCUGUGCUCAACUGGACACAGAAAGGAGAACAAACAAACAAUGAAUCAAAUGAAGACAAAUUACAAAAGAGCCAGACUGUCCCUCAUUGCCCACAUGACAACCCAGUUACUUCUGCAGUCAAUAACUCUGCAGAAGGUUCCCAGGAACAAGUGAUUGCCACUGACAGAGACAGGCAGUCAGAACCAGAGGGGUCAGACGGAAAUAAAUCCAGAGUUGCCAAGCCGCUGACGUGGAAGCAGAAUCGACAGAAGCAACUCAGGAUGGAGGGCAAACCGUACAUCAGCAAACGAAAGAAAGACGGCACCACCAUAACUAAAGGUCAGAGGACAAUGGGAUCGGGAUGCUCGUCCAGUGCCUGCAAAAGGGCAUCCAACCGCUUCUGUGCUGACUUCAGUGAAGAAGGGAGGAACCAGCUGUUCGCUAGUUUCUGGCAGUGUAUGACGUGGGCUCAGAGAAAGGUCUACGUGUCCGGAUUAGUCGACUGCGACCCGGUUGAAAGAACACGAGCACCAUGGACUCAGUCGAGAAGGUCUGUCUCGAUGCGGUAUCAUUUGAUAGCCGACGGCAACAGAAAACAAGUUUGCAAAAAGAUGUUCCUCUCCACUUUGGGGAUUGGAGAGUGGUCAGUGCUUAACUGGUCACAACAUAUAUCCCAGCAGGACAAUUCGGAGCAAAUCACUAAGAAACAAACACAAGGGAAAUCCCGUAAAGCGUCUGAGCAUAUAGUCCUGAAUGAGUUCCUCCAGAGUUUACCAAAGGUUCCCUCGUACUGUUGCGGGACGUCCGUCUCCAAACUGUAUCUGGAGCCAGUCUUCUCCAACAUGUCCGAGGUGUACAGGCACUACUACAACCACUGCUCAGAGAGGAAGACCACAGCACUCUCUCGCCAGGUGUUCUGUGCUGUGUUUAAAAAGAUGGAUUUGAGGUUGUGUGAAUCCAAAAGGGAUCAGGGAUGUUCUUUCGGUGCGACUGGGAAUUUGUUUAAUGAGCUCUGGGAGGAAUACUGCUUGGAGAGAGGAGGCCCACAAUCGGAAAAAGCGGGUAAUCCAGUAGAGAAGGGUUCAUGACCAAAAGGUAUUAUGUUGGAGUGACUUUAAAAUACACAUAUACACAUUUUGGAAAGAACAAUUCCAAGACUUUGCCUAAAUGACUUCUCACAUUUUAUCAAAUCAUUAUGAGCAUAGACUGUGAUCGAUUCUAUAAUCAACCCAGUCUCCAUGCAGUUUAGCCGUCGUUUCACUGGAAUUAUCUAAGCACUACAUUUAUUUAUUUAUUUGUAAUUGAGAAUGCGUGGUUGUUCCCUAAAAUGUGAGUUAUUUUGUGAGAUAUAUAUUCUUCACCAUUAUAAUUAGUUCAAAACUAAAACAAAUGUGUGUCAUAAUGUGUGUUGGAAAAAUACUAAAACAUAUCUGUUAAUCUACUGUUUGGGAUUUUAAUAUGUGUGAUGUGAAAGGUCAACGUGCCUUAAAG